UUUCUACUUCCCUGACUUCCGACUGUGCAUGGCGAGCACGCUUUCUGUUCAUGCGUGACACUCUGAUAACAAUCAAUAUAAUCAACGAAGGGAAGUGGAGAUGACGAAUCAUACGCCUCAUUUCUUCGAUCUGUGGACGUCUCUCCAGCACCAAAGCCAAGAUCUAAACGAGAAGCAGAGGAACUGCUGGGACAGCGGCAACCAGCUUUUCCCCGUCGGUGGCCACCACCAACACCAGCGGCGGUUGUUUUGCUUCUCUGGCCCCACGAACAUAAGCUUGGAUUUGUGCACUGAGAGCUUAGGCUCCGAAACAGGAACUCACGCCGAGGACGAAAUCAAUAGCCUCUUCCACCAUGAUCAACAGACUCCCCACGACGCCUCCUCUGUUCCGGAGAGCUACGAUGCCCCUGUCGCCUCGGCGUUGGCCUGCCGGCGAAGUCGCUCCUUCGGACGCCAUGAGAGGUCGAAAGAGGGACUGCCUAGCUUCCCUCCACCCUUGUUCUCCUCCUCCCACCACGUCCACGUCAGUUCCCACAGGGAGAACGGGCGGUUGGUCCUCCGAGCCUUCACUCGCCGUACUCGGAACUACCUCGAAGCCCAGCGAAUCGACGGCCGCCUCCGCCUGCGGCUUCUCCGUCCCAUGGCGUUCCCGGAAAACGGCUACGAAGACGAAGAAGAAGAAGAGCAAGACGAAGGGGAAGAGCAAGAGGAGAACGAGCAAGGGUGCCAAGAAGAAGAUGGGCCAGAAGGCCACGAACUCGUUCUCACGCACCACCAACAAUCGAGACGGAACUCCGUGGUGCUGAAACGCCAACAUCAAGCAGCGGCUACUUACGUCGUCAACCACCACCAUUUCGUCAGCCCGCCUCCUCCGCGAUGGUGGAACGAUCCUGUAACCUCCUCGUCGGCUUUCUUUGUCAACAACAGGAGCAGGCACGGUAUUCAUUUUCCGCCUACUACUAUACGUUCUACCGUGGCCGAGGCAGAGGACGGCGAAGGGGAGGAGCAGCGGCGAGGUGCCGCUUAUAGCCGCUGUUCUCCGGAGGAGACCGAGUCCGCGCUGGGCAUGACGACCCUCGGAGGCGGCAGAUGUACUAAAGAGUCCCGCCAACCUCCAGCGUUCCUCCUUUGGGAGCCACCAUUCUACGCCGUGACUACUUCCUGAGAGGCGCCACUCUCUGCAAUUGCCUUCCUCCUCACGUUUCAUAGCUCCUGAUCAUCUUAUGAACCCGCUCGUUUUGAUCCUUAGUCGCUGUUAGCAUCAUUGAUUGCUCCUUCAAUUAUCGGUUGCUGUUAAGCACCAUUUGAAUCUUACCUGUUCUUAAUUGAUGAUACAAUCAUGUCCCUUUUUUUUUUCUAUAUAUUUUUUCCUCUGUGUUUGCAUCCA